AUGGCCAGCGCAAGACAUUUCGCGGUCCUGAUCGGCGUCGACUUCUACAUCAGAGAGCCCUUGAGCAGCUGUGUUCGAGAUGUUGACCUGGUCGAGGCCUAUCUUGAGACUCUUCGGCAGAAGAACCGUUUCAAUCUACUACACAUUACGAAGCUGACCGCCAGCAAACCGGCGAGUCAAGCUUCGGACCUGCAGAAACCACCCGAGAGCGAUGAAGCCUUAGCAACACUACAGAACAUCAAGGAGACCCUGAGCCGAGUCGCCUCAGAAGCAGUCAAAGGCGAUCAUGUCUACGUUCAUUAUUCUGGCCACGGCACGGUCAUGAGAGAUGGUGAACUGGCCCUCGUCCCGUUCGGGUGCGAAGACGGCGUCGAAAACCCGCUGAGAGACUGUCUCGCAGGGAAAGAUUUGGCAAAUUUCCUCAACAAGGCGGUGGUGAAGGGGGUGAAGGUUCUCCUGGCCCUCGACUGCUGCUUCUCGGGAAAGAUAUCUCGACAUAACCAGCCAGACGCAGUGCGGUACCUGCCUUUUGUCCCGCGAACAGAGACGGGGGGCGUCGAGAUGUUGCGACCGUAUGAAGCCGGCCAAGGUGUAUUUCGCAGCGACAACGCAACCUUCCGAGGCACAACGGUGCUUGCAGAUUGGCUUAUGGAUCCCAAAGGUUACACAAUUCUGACGGCGUGCGGUCCGGCGCAGACUACACACGGCCUCAGAUUUGCCGAUGGGAAGCUCCACGGUGCUCUCACCUACGUCUUGGUUCGGGCGCUUCAGAAAUUGGGCGCACUGAAUAUGAGCCACAUGGUCGUGUUCAAGAUCAUCUGCGCCAUGUUUGUAGCCAUGGCGUCCAGUCAGAUUCCUCAGCUGAAAGGAAGCGGCGACUUUACCUUCUUCGGAGAGCUACAUGGCCCCGACGACUGCUUCUUCCCUAUCAUCAAGUUAUCCAACGGCCAGAUCAUACUUCAGGCAGGGGAGAUCAUGGGCGUGCACGAGAAUGAUAAGCUGGUCAUUGCUCCUCUGAGCGCCUUUGCAAGUGAAAAGUGGGAUCACGAGCAUGGGCUGGCCACUGCCCGGAAUGUGGGCGGAGUGACAGCUGAGGUCAAGCUUGAAGUAGGUGGUGGUUCAGGUGAGCACGGCCAACCCUCUCAAGAGGAGAAUGUGCUUCUUCCUCCCGGCUACACAGAAGCUACGGCUCCUGUGAAGGCGACAGUCAAUGGUCUGGGCGGGUUUGAGAUACGAGAUCGAGAGGGGCGGGCGAUUGAUUUUGAUGCGCUUUCCCUAUUGCCAGCUCAUUCAACGAGUGCCCGCUCCCAGGUCAUCCGUGUUCUGGCAUACCUCGCAAGAUAUCACGACAUUGUGCAGCUCAAGCCCUUGGGGGAAAGCGAGACACUACGAAAUGCUGUCGAUGUUGGGCUCUUCAGAGAGUCAGGAGCUUCAUUUCCAGACAUCCAAGUUGUUGACGUGGUGGACGGAGAAGUUCUUCAACUGCUGAUCAUUAACAAGGGCGAGCAAUCAAUCUAUGUGAACGUCUUUUGCCUUGCCGGUAACUGGGAGAUUCAGAACAACCUGACCGCCGAGAAUACUGUGUUAUCGUCCCAGAAGCAUGCCGAAAGCGAGGAAGACUUCACUGCGGAUAUUCGGUUCAAGAUGAUGGUGCCGGAAGAAUCAAUCCUCCGUGGGAUUCACAGCUGCGAAGACAUCUUCAAAGUCUUUCUCACUACGAGGCAAGUGCCACUUGCAGACCUGGCGGCGGUGAAGCCCUUGCUACGGGGCUCACCAGCCAAAUGGGAGGACGACUUGCGAGACUCUUGGUUAGCACGGACGUUCCAUGUCCGCACAUCGUACAACCCAGACAUCGCCGUCGCCGCCUUGCGGUCAAGUUGA